AUGAACCCCAAACUCUACCAGUUCUUCGUCGCCCUCUUCGCCUCUUUCGGCUCCUUCCUCUACGGCUACGAUCUCGGCGUCAUCGCCUCAGUCGUCGCCUCGGACUCCUUUAUCGACAAGUUCAUCAAUGGGAGCAGCACUGUUUCCGGCACCGUCGUCGCGCUCUUCACGGCGGGCGCAUUCUUCGGGGCAUUCGGCGCUGGUUUCACGGACCCUCUGGGGCGACGUACAACGCUCGUGCUGGGGUCGGUGCUCUUCAUCAUCGGCGGGAUUAUCCAAACGGCCGCUGUGAACCUGGGGAUGCUGUAUUUCUCGCGCAUCUUUUCAGGCUUUGGCAUUGGCAUUCUGGUGGAGGUUGUGCCGAUGUUCCAGGCGGAGAUUGCGCAUGCCAGGAUUCGCGGUGUGCUGGGCUCGCUGCAGCAGACUAUGCUGGGGAUUGGGAGUCUUGCGGCGAGUUGGAUUGGAUAUGGCUGUGUGCAUCGGUGGAAUGGGACGGGGGAGAGCGUGCAGUGGAGGUUGCCGCUUGCACUGCAGCUCGUCCCAGCCAUCGGCCUGGCAUCAUGCAUCUUCUUCUUCCCCGAGUCUCCACGCUGGCUGAUCGACCACGACCGGCACGAAGAGGGCUUGCGGAAUCUAGCCACAUUGCACGCGAACGGAAACGAGUCCGAUGCGUACGUCCUUGCUGAAUUUGAGCUCAUCAAGCAGCAGGUUGAAGAGGAGCAUCGGCACGGUGCGAAGUCGUACAAGGAGCUCUUCUCCAAUCGAUCCAACACGCGGCGUAUCAUCCUGGCCUGUGCAUGCCAGGCUUCGACGCAGAUGACCGGCGUCUCCGCAAUCCAAUACUUCUCGCCGGCAAUCUUCGCGCAGAUCGGAAUCUCCACCUCCCAGACGCUCCUCUACCAAGGCAUCAACAGCAUCAUCGGCGAAGUCGCGCAAUUCAUCUUCUUCUUCCUGAUCGACCGGGUCGGCCGUCGGCCCCUGCAAAUCGGCGGCAACAUCGCGUGCGGAAUCGCAUUCACCAUCGGCGCCUCCUUGAUGGCCGUAUACCCGCCCUCGUCCACCAAUACGUCAGCCCACUGGGCGUUUAUCGUCUGCAGCACGUGGCUGUUUAACUUCUGUUUCUGCGCGUCCGGCACAAUGAGCUGGAUUAUCCCGGCGGAGGUAUUCAACACGGCCACUCGGGCGAAGGGAAUCUCGAUCGCGACGAUGGUGUCUUUCGCGUUCAAUACCAUGAUUGCGGAGGUGACGCCCGUUGCGCUGGAGAACAUUGGCUGGCGGUACUAUAUCCUGUUUAUCGUGUGUGAUUUCACCAAUGCGCUGUUCUUUUGGCUGUUUUUGCCGGAGACCAAGGGGAUUACGCUGGAGGUUAUGGAUGAUCUUUUCACGAACUCGCCGCUGCUUGUGCCGGGGAGUAAGUGGCAGCCCAGGCCGGAGUUGGACGUUGAGAAGGUCAAAGAGAGGAAGGAUAUCCUGGUGAAGUCGGCGGCUGUGGAGCUUGAGGAACUUGCUUAG